AUGCAGAAUCAAAAUUAUUAAGUCCUUAAACUUGUGGGAAAUAAUUAUGAAAUUCUUGUAAAAGUGUUGGGUUAAGGCCAAUAUGCUAUGACUUAUUUGGCUAGAAAUAAAUUGACUUAAAAAUAUUUCGCUUGCAAAGUUUGAAGUUUUUUUAAGAUUAGGUUAUUUCUAAAGAAUCUAUUGUUUCUCAACUUAAUUAAAUUGAAAGCAGAUAAAUUGCAGAAUAUAGAUUUCAAAGAAUUGCAGAGAGAUUAUAAAAUGAACUACUAAAUUCAUAAACUCUUGGUAACAUAAUUUUUCAUUUCAUUUAGUACAUCCUUAUAUUGUCAAAUUCGAAGAUUCAGCUGAAAGUAAAAAAAAUAUUUACAUUUUUAUGGAAUUAUGUACUGGAGGAACCUUAGAUAAAUUAAUUCGAAAUAAAAAAAGAUUAAGUUUACCAGAUGCCUUACCUUACUUUAAAUAAUUGGCUAUAGAUAAUAUUUUUUUUUUAAUUAUUAGGUUGUGGAUAUCUUUAUGAAAAAAAUAUUGUCCAUAGAGACUUAAAACCUUCUAAUGUUUUGCUUCAAGAUAAUUAAAUUAAAAUUGCUGAUUUUGGUUUAUCUAAAGCACUAGAAGAAAAAAUUAAAGAAAUAGCAAAUGAUAAUACUCCUUAGAUUGGGACUCCUUUGUAUAUGAGUCCUCAGGUAGUUUCUCAAAUUAUAUUCAGGUCAUAGGUUAACAAAAUUAUUCUAUAAAAUCUGAUGUUUGGUCACUUGGAUGUAUAUUUUAUGAAAUGCUUUAUGGAAAGACUCCUUGGUAUCACGAUGAUCUUUCAAUAUUAUAAUAAAUGAUCUAAAAUGAAAAUGUUUAGUUUCCAAAUGAUGUAGAAGUAUCAGAAAAAAUAAAAAUAUUAAUUACAAAAAUGCUUGCCAAAACUGAAAAAGAUAGGCUCAAUAUAAAUUAAGUAAUCGCAUAACUAGAAGAAAUUUGA